AUGUGGUCCAACAUCAGUGCUGCCCCUUUUCUACUGACUGGCUUUCCAGGUCUGGGGAUAUUUCAUCCUUGGAUUUCCAUCUCUUUCUUUGUCAUUUAUGUCUCCAUACUCCUUGGCAAUGGCACCAUCCUCUACCUUAUCAGAGAAGACCACACUCUCCACCAGCCGAUGUACUACUUUGUGGCUCUGUUGGCAGCCACAGACCUUGGAGUGACUUUGACAACAAUGCCCACCGUGCUUGGUGUUCUGUGGCUUGGUCACAGGGCAAUCAGCCAAGGAGCCUGCUACUUUCAGGCCUAUCUAAUCCAUUCACUCUCUAUUGUGGAGUCUGGAGUCUUGCUUGUUAUGGCCUAUGAUCGUUUCAUUGCCAUCCACAGUCCCCUGAGAUACACCUCCUUCCUCACCAAUGCUAGGGUGGUGAAGAUAGGUCUGGGGGUUCUAAUGAGGGGAUUUAUACUUAUUGUGCCCGUAAUCAUCACCCUCUCUGGAUUUCCCUACUGUGGAUCCCAUGUUCUCUCUCAUGCUUUCUGCCUACACCAGGAUGUGAUCAAACUGGCCUGUGCUGACAUCACCUUCAAUAGACUCUAUCCUAUAGUGCUGGUCUCAUUAACUGGCUUCUUGGACUCUGUGCUUAUCCUGAUCUCUUAUAUUCUAAUCCUUAAUACUGUCAUGGGGAUUGCCUCAGGUAAGGAGCAGGCUAAGGCUCUAAACACUUGUGUCUCCCAUAUUAGCUGUGUUCUGGUUUUUUAUGUUACUGUUACUGGGUUGACCCUUAUUCAUCGAUUUGGGAAAUAUGUGCCACAUGUAGUUCAUAUUAUCAUGAGCUAUAUUUACUUCCUCUUCCCCCCAUUUAUGAAUCCAAUCAUCUAUAGUAUUAAGACCAAGCAGAUAAGGAAUGGCAUCAAUCGCCUUCUCUCUUUGCAAAACAAGUCAUUUAAUCUCUGA